AGGAAGUAGAAAGACAACAUGGAGACAACGUGUCUCUGUCCAGAUUCUUUUCUUCAAUGACUCUGAACUUUACACAAAACUCAUUUUAACUCACCGUCACUUCAUUCAUCAGCUGGAGGCUUCAACAUCUCUCACAGGAACUAGUUUUCUCUAAAAAAAACUACAACACGUGGAAGCUCCCACGCUGCGAACCGGCUUUUUAAACUCAUCGCAGACACACUGGUGUAACGUGGAAUCCUGAUAUUUCUAUGUUAAAGAGAACAUGGACUUGGUGCCAGACGACAACUCCCAGUACAAAGAUGUUGACUACUGGGAUGAACGAUACAAGAAGGAGCAGUGUUACGACUGGUUGGGCGACUUCUCCAAAAUCAAGCACCUUCUGGAAACGCACAUCAAGAAGGACGACUCCAUUCUGAUACUGGGUUGCGGAAACAGCAGCAUGAGUGGGGAAAUGUACACCGCUGGAUACCGCUCCAUCACCAACAUAGAUUACUCCUCGGUGUGCAUCAGCACAAUGGCCGCCAGGUACAGCGACUGCCCCGGUAUGACCUGGCGUGAGAUGGACAUGCGCCAGCUCUGCUUCCCCGGCACAUCCUUCGAUGUCAUCCUCGAGAAGGCCACACUAGACGCCAUCAUGGUGGACGAGAAGUCACCUUGGGAUGUGUCCCCUCAGACGGCCUGUUGUGUUCACCAAGUACUCUCAGAGAUCAGCCGCUGCUUGAAGCCCGGAGGACGAUUUGUCUCUGUUACCUUUGCGCAGCCCUUCUUCAGGAAACGCCUCUAUGCCCGGACUGAGUACAACUGGUCAAUCAAACAGUACAGUUAUGGAAAAGGAUUUCAAUAUUUUGUGUAUGUGAUGACCAAAGGAGAACAGCUUAGUCCAGAAGAUGCAGAUCUGGAGAAGAAGCUACUUGAGGAGACAAAAUCAGUACCAGGCAAGACCACCACAACACAAAAAGAGGACAAGGAGGACUUCCUGUUGAAUAUUAGAUUGUAAAAUGACUGGAUUGUCUUAAGGAACCUUAGAAAUACUUUAUCCUUAAGACCUAAAAUACUUCACACCAUCACACAUAAUACAAAUAGAAUCUCUCAUGUUGAAAGUAAUUUUCCAGCAGAAUAGCAAUAUAUAACAUUUUUGUAUAUUCAGUUGAGAAAUUCAUAGGAAACCUACAGAUGUGAAAUUUUUUUACUGCCUCAUUACAGUUGCAGACUAGCCAGUAAAUAUACUGGAGUGUUAGAGUGACCAUAUUGACCAUAUACUGGCCAGUGACUCAUUUUAAUUUUAGGAUCUACGAGAACAGGCUUGCAGUCGUAAUGUUAGAAAUACACACACGUCAAUAGACGUCAUGCGAUACAAGACAAAUUUCAGAGGAGACACUCGGUGAACUUUUACCUGUGAUAUUUGUUCAUUCACCCAUGUAUAACUGUGCCAUGGUGAAGGGUGUUCUUGUUAGUAACUGGGUGCCUCAGAUUCAAAAGGGCCGAAGAACAGCAGUUCUCCCUGAAUUGGUUUGAUUCAAACAUAGAUACUGAAGGGAAAAUACCUCAGUAAGAAAUAAUUAUUUCACUUUAUCACACCAUGAACAUUGUUUUAUAUGUUUUAAUGUUUAUAUCAUUGUAUCAUUGUUUUAGUUGGGAUGACCAUUAAAUGAUUUGCAGCCAUGA